AUGAGAGUUGCACUUCCAUUAGCUAGUUUAGAAACUUGCGGCACUACUGAGGUAGUGAUACCCUUCGCAUGUAUGGAAAUGGAAGUGGAAGGCAUCUUCCUUGGGAGUUAUAUGCCGCGAGGAGAAGGACCUUAUGGUAACCCUCCUCCUUCUAUCCUCACCCCACCUCCAACUCGCUCCUCCCGCUCCAUCUCUGCUCUACUUCAGCUUGUGCCAACAGAAGGCAACCGCUAA